AGAUAGGCAGCAGAGUAAGUGUCGCACCAGUAUCUGGCGGGGCGUCGUUCAUGAUACAGUGAUACACGUCACAGUCUACAACGGUUAGAGUUUCUGUUGACCUCAUAUUCGGCAUGUCAGUGCGUGUCCGAUUAGCUGAGCAUAUCUUAUUCAUCCAUACAAACCCUAGAUAUCCACAUGUCACCAAUGCGGUACUGAGUCUGUUCAAGCCAGGUCAACUAUCAACAGAGCGAGUGCCACGAUCAUUACCACCGCCAGCACCGAACAAGAACUCCUGAGCCAUCCUCAAUAUGCGUCUGGCACCCCUUCUCGCGGCCUGUCUCUGGCCCAUCACCUGUGUUGCUACGUCGCCACCCAGCCCAGACGAUGGCACUCCACAGGGGAAUCGUGGUGAACCUCGCGAGCCUUUCCCUAUUGCAUCCGGUCAUGAGAUCCAUCUUCCAUGUCGCACGUCGUCAAUCUGCGGAAGCAACCUUAAUGAGAACUCCAGAUCAGACGAAUACCUUGCAUUGGCACUCUCCACGGAGAAAGAUUCUCUAUUGGCGAACGGCAACACCAUUCUACCAGCUCGCCUCCCGAUGCGUCUAACCGCUAUCAAACACUCGAGAUCAGACAAGACAAUCUCCGAAACCCUGACGCUACGCUACGGGAUGAACAUAAUCCCCGUUCAGCGGUUCCAGACCGGCCAAAUAGCCGACCAGUUUCGCCUGGAUAUCAUCCUGUUCGACGAGUCCGGACAUCCAACGGAUAUCAACAUGAUCUCCAUUGGGCUCUCCCGCGAUGCCCAGGACGCUCUUAGAAUCACAAUGAUCACGAUCAACCCGAGUCCCGAACCCUCAAACUGCCAAGGCAAUGAUAGAGACUCAACGCCUUCGGACCCAUCACCCCCGACAAAACAUGCAGAUCGGAGCCAUACACCCGAGUCCAGGCCCCAGCUUCACAAAUGGCUGGAUGCUGGUCGGAGAUUCGGCGGGAAGUCUUACGGAUCGUUCACAUCGGCGUUUAAGCGACGGCCUUGUAAGGAACAUUGUUCCGACCGGUACUCGUAUCUGCGGAACAGCAACGGACAUCAUCGGACGCCUAUAGUGGAUAUCCUGCGUGUCUUUUACCCGGCUAUCCUGCCGUUCGUCCUUGGGGUCGUGGCGGGGGGUGCCAUUUGUCUUAUUGGGGUUAUGGUGCGCAGGUCUGCGGCUUACUGGUCUUGUGAGAAGGAGGGUGAAGGGGGACAAGAAGGUGUCGGUGAUAGGAAUGAAGGGGGGACUGCAGUAGCCAAGUCGUAGUAUUGGUGUACCCUGGGUUUAGUUUGGGUAUUGUGGAAUGGGUAAUUUUCAUAUGUACAUUUUACUUUGUAAGAUCUUGUUCAUGAAUGACGGAUUCAGUUUUACAGUCUAUGUCUCCUCCGUUGUCCCAACGUAUCUGGAAAAUACUAGUUGUGCCAUUCAGUGAAUUAGCGGAAAUUUGCCACUUCUAGAUUGUAGUAGCAAAAACCAUGAUGAUAUUAGCACGCAGAGGACUCGCGCAUCAAGGCGGGUAGGCAGCCGAAUUCCAAAGCCUAGAAAUAAAGUACUAAAACAAGCA